AUGGCCGCGGGGACGUCGACCAAUGGUGCCUCGUUCAAGGUCCCCGGUCGCGUGGGCGACGGGCCCAUUGUCGGGUCGGGGUCGUACGUGGACAAUGACGUCGGGGCCUGCGGCGCCACGGGCGACGGCGACAUUAUGAUGCGGUUUUUGCCGUGCUACCAGGCUGUCGAGAGCAUGCGCAACGGCAUGGCGCCAACAGAGGCGGCCGAGGAUGCUGUGCGCAGGAUGGUGCGCAAGUACCCGGCUGUGGCCAGCGGCAUUGUCGUCGUUGACAAGGACGGGAACCAUGGCGCCGCAGCAUCGGGCUGGGGCGGCACGUUUACAUAUGCUUAUCGUGGGGGCAGCAUGAACGCUACCGUUGUUGUUGAGGUGCCGAAUCUAAGAACGCUCAUGAAUCAACUUGGUUCAGAUCCGCUGUGA